AAAUAUUAUGACCCAAUGGACAGCGGAAGGAUCGUUUCGCAGACAUUCUUGCAGCCGCCGGGUCAACUUCCAGCUAAAAAACGAAAACUUAGGUGCAAUGUCGUCAAUGCGUUUCCCCAGAUUGCGAUUCAAAAUCCACGUGUCAAAACUGAGGAAGAUUUAGAGGUAGUUCUUGUAAAUGGCUGUUGGGAUACAACGAAUAAAAUUCCAAAUAUAGUUGCCGAAAUGCGUAAUGUGAAUGCCGAGGACUUCAAUCAGUUGCAAAAUCUUCCCAGGUUUCCUUCAAUCGAUGCUGAACCUCGAAAUUUUACAAGUCCAAGUCCGCGAGGUUCAGACAGCGGCAUAGAAUCCGAUUGUACUGAUGGAAAUCUCUCUUGGCUUUUGAAUUACAAAAUUCAGGAACUUCCACCGGUUCCAGAUGCCUCUAAUGCGGAAAAUAUUGCUCCUACCUUUCAAACUGAUUCUAGUACUAACGGAGUGCAGCCACAGUUUUUGCAGGUGCCACAACAGAACAACGAAAUCGUAUCUCAAGUCAAAGGAGAUGCGAGUAGAAAUUCCGCCCAGUAUUGCAGAUAUGGCGGCCCGAAGAAGCCGCCUUUCACAUAUACGGAGCUGAUCGAGUACGCCUUGAGCGAACAACGAGAACUAACUGUUUCUGGGAUAUACCAGUGGAUAUCAGAUCAUUUUCCAUUCUACAAGCAGAAUGACGACAGGUGGAAGAACUCAGUCCGGCACAACUUGUCGAUCAACCCUCAUUUUAGGAAAGGCGGUAAGGCAGUACAAGGAGCUGGACAUCUGUGGACGAUUGCCCAAAGAGAUGACAAGAAAUCGUGGCAAAUCAAGGAACGAAUGAAUCAGUUCAUGCAGAAAACUCGUAAGGAGAUCAAGACUCCAGAGCAAGAAGCAUUUGAUAAAGAGCUACAGGCAGCUACAGAAAGUAUUUUGGGAGAGAUGGAAAUAGAACCAGCAAAGCAGACUGUAGAAACUCCGAUCUUCGAAAAGAAGAGCAAUAACAUCGAGAUUGAGUACAUAAACUUGGCUGACGUUUCGCACGGCCUGGAAGAUUUCCUAUCUCCUCCAGUUUCCAAGCAAGAGAUCGUUGACGAAUGCGGUUUAGGUAACGACUUCUUCAUCACUGACAUAAAUCCGACCACUCUGGGGUUGAACUUAGUGGAAUCAGAGACGCACAAUGAAGAGGGUGUAUACGAGAGCGUUUUCGAAUACUACAAAGAAUAAGCGAGAGAACUGAAUCUUUGAAAAGUGUCUGUUAUCAGUUUGAUUUUGAUAUGACCAAACGACUAGAUUUUGUGUAGAGUCUGCAUUUGCACUACCAAAGUUUUGUAUAAAGUGACCAACAUUGAGAAAAGACCAUCGAAUGCGUCGAUUCAAGCAUUGCUUAGUAAACCCCUCGAAAAACUGGUCAAAUGGGAAACCUAUAGCAGAAAAGAAACUAGACGAUUUAAAAUCAUUACUAAGUCUCAUACCCAAGGAUUCCAAGAUGUUCUAUAGGAAUCUAGUUGGCGAUUCAAGUAUUGAGGAAGAUGUAGAUGGGUUCAAUGAUCAACCAGAUUUCGAGCUUGAGGAAGAAUAAUACAAAUUUUCGAUUCAGGUUCUUGAUUCAUUUCGAAAAUGUGUGGUUACUUCUUGCUUCAUUUUAUUUUUGAAUCAGUAUAUAAUUGAGUUUAUUCUAACAUUUGUCAUUCAAGCAACUUCUUAUUUGGUUUCGGGAAUGUCUUAAUUUGUGUAGUUUUAAUUUUUCAAUGAAUUUGAUGCUAAUUACUAUAAUACAAAAAUAAAGAAUCUUUCUGCAAUGCGUUCCUUAUUUUCUAUAGCAUGACCAAGUAACAUUUUUGUGUUGAAAAAUGAGCAUUCAUUUUGUAAGCAAUAUUUGACCAAGCGCCAUUUCAUUUCAUUAAGUUUCAGGUAUAAGAGUUUUUGAAAAAAUGAUUACAUACAUAAAUUUGUAAUAUCAUUUUCUAUUCACAGAACAAAAAACAUUCACCAAAAGCGUAGCAUUGAUUUUUAGUGGAUUGUUAAAGUUUAUUCAUCCUUCUGAAAAACACAGAUUUGUCGCUUGGUCAAGUCAUGCUUAACGCGGUCCAAUUUUAGUGCGUUUUUAUAAUUAAGCAUAAAUAUCAUAUAUACCGUCCAGUAUGGUUGUAUUGUGACACCUACAUCAAAUCAAAAUUAGUUUUAAGUGUACAAAUUGAUUACUGAUAUUUUGAUACAAAC